UCGCGUUAUACAGCACGGCGCCUCCGUGUACUCGGCCCAUUGUAAAAAAACCCUUAUAUAUUUUUUAUACAGCUAGCAGUCACGAUCGUGUGUGCAGCACACAGUAGUUAACCGACGAGGCGCAUAUAUAUAAGUUGUUGUACUUCGCGGAUCUCUCUCUCCACGCCCCGUUGAUUUUUUUAUUAUACACGUAUAAUCAAGCACGUCUCGUGUGCGUGUCGUGACGUGCGUUUGUGCUUCGACCCGACGUGUUUGAGUGCUUGUAUCAUUUUCUGCACUCGUUGUCAACAACGACAACAACGACAAAGACAACCACUGAUUCGAGGGGGUUUUGAAUUUUUUAUUUUUCUUUCUCGGCUCGUCUUUCACGGGUAUUAUUAUCAUCGGAGAAUCGAGGCAAGAUGACGAGAUCUGGUCAACAGUCAGUUUGACUGAUAACAGAGCUUCCGUCCGUAUACAUAAUAUACACACAUAGAUCACGAAGAGAUCUCUCGAAAGGUGCGUUUGACAGGCGAUCCUCGUCGUCCUAAGCAUCAGCAGCAUCAUCAUCGUCAUGUCCCAAGUGACGGUCGCAUCGCCGCGGAUGGAGCGCAGCAUCCACGAGAUGCUCAAAGAUGCCCCGUCGCUGAACGAGAGCGAGGCCGCUGUGCUCUCAGGCAGCACCCCGCCGCCUCAACUUCCCAAUAACAAUCGUGGCGGUGGUAGCAACUCGUCCAAGGAAAAUCAGCCCCAGAGACCGGCCACGAUGAAUCUCUGCGCGACGUACGCCUCGGGAUCAUUGGAAACGACCCCGUGCUCGCCGAUGUCGAACGGCAGCAGCGGCGGCGAGCACGUGCGCAGCAACGCCCAGAGCAAAAUCGAGACCAUCAAGAACUGGAGCAUCUCCACGUACAAGUGCACCAAGCAGCGGGUCUACGAGACCUUCGGCAAGACGUCGCGCACCAUCGACUCGGAGCUCGAGCAGCAGAUCGAGCUGCUGCGCGAUACCCAGAAGAAGUACUGCAAUCUGCUGCGUCUCGCGCGCGCCUUCGCCUCGCACUUCGGCAACGUCGUGGCGACCCAGUCGGCCCUGGGCGAGCAGUUCGCCGAGCUGGCCCAGAAAUCGCCCGAGCUCCAGCAGGAGUUUCUGUACAACGCCGACACGCAGCGAAAUCUGCAGCGCAACGGCGAGACGCUCCUCGGCGCGCUGAACUUCUUCGUGUCGUCGGUCAACACGCUGUGCAACAAGACGAUCGAGGACACGCUGCUCACGGUGAGACAGUACGAGGCGGCGAGGGUGGAGUACGACGCCUACAGGACGGAUCUGGAGGCGCUUGCGUUGGCCGCCAAGACGGAUCCGGCGAGUCUCGCGAGGCUCGAGGAGGCCCAGCAGAGCUACGAGCUGCACAAGCAGAACUUCGAGAAGCUCAGGUCGGACGUGUCGAUAAAGCUCAAGUUUUUGGACGAGAACAGAAUCAAAGUGAUGCACAAGCAGCUGCUGCUGUUUCACAACGCCGUGGCGGCUUACUUUUCCGGCAAUCAGCUGGCCCUGGACGAGACGCUCAAACAGUUCAGCGUCAAGGUCAAGUCGCCCAACUCGUCGCUGCCCUCCUGGCUUGAGCAGCAGUAAAAGCGAAACCCCUCGUGAAUUUUUUGAUAAAAAAAACAAAAAACAAAAGAAUUGCAUAUCUACGUUGCUUGGAUAUUAUUAUAAAGUGAAAGAGAUAGAGAGAGAGAAAGAUACGAAGAGCUAGAUAUAUAAUUGUUUCGCUGCAGAUAUUUCUAAAAUUAUUAUUAUUAAUCCACGCGGUUGGCACUAAAAUGUAUUGCGUCCCUUGUUUUUUGCGUGCCGGCCAAGUUUCUAUAUAUUGAUAUACUCCAAAGCGAGGAAAUUCUGUACAAAACUUACGUAGUAGACUGUAUUUGCGUGUAAGUGAGUCCGUAUGGAUAAAAGAGAAGGCGAAAAAGAAAAUCAAUUCGUAUCGUUUGUUCUUUCGUUGAAAAAAUAUAUAUUAUACGAAAAAAAACGCCUGUAAUGCCUCCACAUGACUAUACUUCCUCGACGACGCGAAGAAAAAAUUAUAAUUAACGUUAUUAUUGAUGCACCGACGAACGAAUCGAUACGAUGAUUGAUGAUUAUAGUAUAAUACCGUUAUGAUGAUUGACACUUGCAUUUAUAUUAAUUGUGUACAACGGAGGCAGUCGCGGCACUAGUCAAAAUAAUUAAUUAUACAUAUUGUGUACAAAUAAGAUAGGAGGGGAUCACGACACGAAUUUGUGUAGAAAAAAAGGGAGAAAAAUGAAUUGAUGAAUCGUUUUUAAGCGUAAAACUAAUCUAAUCGAUGUUUUUUCAAAGAUUUAAAAUGUACAAACCCUUCAUGAUCUUUUUUGCUUUUACCUUUGAAACGAUUGUCAACGAUUACUCCAACUGGAAGUCUGCAUUUUAAUUAAGAACAAUUAUUUCUUAGUUAUUCAUUGUAUAAUUUUAGGAUUUUAGAUUUGAAGAACAGUAUUUUUACCCAAAUAAAACUUUAGUUUAUAACUGCAGUUCCGUUUUCCGAUACUUUAUGUCGAUUAUUCUCAUUUUUCAAUGAACAAAUUGUAAAUCCGAAUUUGAUUCGAGAAUCAUUGAUGCUGCAAAAUCGAGUAUAUUGUAGAUUUUACACACGAAUUAUGGAAUAAAAGCAAUGUUUUUA